UUUAAUUCUCUAUGUAUAAUUUUUCUAGUCGGCUUGCUUUGUUAUUCGCCUGACGAUAUCCUAGUGAUAAAGAUGGCAUAUUGCGUUACAGAACUUAUCUUCUCUCCUGCAUCUUAAUUAUCUAUAUCUUAGAUCUAUGAUGCACUUUUUUCAAAUUAGUAUUUUUCCCGUAUUAUUUCUAGUUGUCAGAUGGCAAACGUUUUCAAAUUGCUUGUCUGACUAUGUACGAAUUGCGUAUCUAUUUUAUACGACUUGUAACCUCCUGCACAUGAGUAUAGGCUACUUGAAGCCUCUUGUUUUAUUUAUUUUAUUUCUUGUUUCUGUAUUCAGUUAUUUAUUUAUUUACUUAUUUAUUUAUUUAGUCAUUUGUUAUUGUUUUGUUAAAGUUUGCAAUGAAGAUGUUUAUCUUGGUGGAAAUUUUGGAACUCACAAAGGUACAUUUUCAAGCCCAGGCUACCCUUCAAAGACCUACCCAAAUAAGGAGCGUUGUACGUGGAUAAUCAAAGUCCCACUUGACUACCGUGUGAAGCUCUACUUCAAAGAUUUUGAUGUUGAAUAUUGCUCAACCGAAAAAGAAAAUUGCACCUGUGACUACGUGGAAAUUUCUGAUGGACAACUUCUAAUAGAUAAGCCCCUUGCAAAGUUCUGCGGCAGUGAAAUACCCCCCGAUGUUACUUCCAGUGGAAGAUUUGUCAGAGUUGACUUGGUCACAGACGAACUGAGUACUCGUAAGGGAUUUUUGGCGCAAUUUUACUCUGUUUCACCGGAUGGCGUUACGCCCUCCAGUCUCAAUCUUGAUGCUGAUAAGCACGUAAAAUCUUUACCAACAUCCACCGACCUGCCUGAGAAAGGUGGCAACAGUACUCUCAUGAUCGCUGUCAUGUGCAGUCUUCUUGGUGUCGUACUGAUCGGUUUAAUUCUCCUCUUUAUUUACGUUAAGAAAAACAAACAAGCUCGACAAAACCAACCAAGACGUGCACAGCAACAGUUGACGAGCUCGGUGUCAGGUCAGGUUCCUUCUCACAGGAACCAUUCAGAGCUUCCUCCUCCUCCUCCUCCUUACUCAUCCGUUGUAGCUAGUGCACCUCCUCCUAACACUUCAUCUACCACAAUUCCGGGUCGUCCAAUACACACGUGACCCACCGAGAUUGUGUCAUCAUCGUCACCAUUCCCUGCGAUGUGACUCGUGAUGCCUCAAAAAUCUAUAAUGUCAAGAAGAUAAUUACGACUCCAAAACCACGAGAUGCAGUUCGCUACAUAUGCAAUAGAGUCCUAUAGUUGUUUGGUCAGGGUAAAAAAGCUUCAUGUCAGUUGGCUCAGGACAGUUUUACAAUUAGUCCAUCAGCUGAGAGCCAAAAAAUUUGGGUUUAUGGCUCACUUGAGGGGAACAGCCGAAACAUGUCUUAACUUAAUCUUUGACUAUUAAGCAUCAUAAAAAUGUAUGAUAGCAAGGAUAGAAUGGUAGCUUUCACUUUGUAAAUCCAAUUUUAAAUUUGCCUCUCAUACCUUUGUUUUGCCGCCAUCUUUGAUUUUAAGGGAGGACAACAAAGCUGCUUGUUUUCUUUUAACGUGCACAAAUCGGGUAUCAAAGCAAAUUCAAAACGUAUGGUAACUACAAACAUGAUAUUCCUUUAUUCUAGUGCUGGAA